GCAGUCAUCAAUUAUGGUGCUUCAUGGUGCCGUGUAUGCAGCCAGAUCCUUCCUUCAUUCUGCCAGUUGAGCAAUGAAUUCAAAAAGUUUUCUUUCAUAUAUGCUGAUAUUGAUGAAUGCCCUGAAACAACACUAAGUAUACGGUACACUCCAACUUUCCAUUUUUAUCGUGAUGGAGAACGGGUCGACGAGAUGCUUGGUGCAGGGGAAGAGAGGCUGCAUGAUCGGCUCUGGUUGCACUCUUAAGAAUGAAUGCCAUAAUGUAUGAAGUUUGAGUACCAUCCUUUGUGGAUCAUUUAAAUUUGUACUUCAAAAUAUGCUUUUUUUCUUAAAUGCUUAUAUUGCUGAAAUGCUCGAUAUUUUAAGUAAGACUUAUGGGUGCGGAGAAGCGCAUGCAAUCUCAUGAGUUACAGCUUAACCAUACAAUCUCUCUGACAGCGAUGAAUUCUUUA